UUCUCGUCGGGACGUUUUAAACGUUGCACACAAACAUGGCGCUCCACUGUGGUCGAGCGUGCAGAAAAUAUUUACUUCAUCUUGCACACGAUAAUGUGGAUUUUAGAUUACCGGAAAUAAAAGCAUUGCUGUCUCUAAGGAACCGCCCAUUUGAAACAUCUGACACGUUCAAAGAAAAGUCUCCAUUUUGGCAAUUAAAUGGCUUAUUGGAGGAUGACAUACGAAGCGUCAUGUCAAGAACAGUUUGUGCCAAGUCUGCCUUUGAACUUUGGGGUCAUGGUAAAACACAAUCUGAGCUGAAGACAUCAUUGCUAGAGUAUCCAGCAGAGAAUAUGGCUCCAUAUUUACAGCAGAAUUUAACAUAUAAGAUUAACGUCUACACUUUUAACAAGACGUUGGAGUUUAAGGACAGAAUCAAGAAGAUUGAUGCUCUAGACUUUUUGCCCUUUGAAGGGAAGGUGAACCUGAAGGACACUGAUCACAUCUUUUGUUUGCUGGAGGAUUAUGGCUCUGAUCCAAAUAACAUCCCAGAGGAGCCUUUGCAUAUUUAUUUUGGUAGAUGGAUUGCAGAUGGUCAGAGAGAACUAAUCCGCUCUUACAGCGUAAAGAAGAGACAUUUCAUCGGAAACACUAGUAUGGACGCAGGUCUGUCUUUCAUUAUGGCCAAUCAUGCCAGAGUGAAGGCUGAUGACCUGGUGUAUGACCCUUUUGUUGGAACAGGCAGUCUUCUGGUUGCAUGUUCACACUUUGGAGCUUAUGUAUGUGGGACAGACAUCGAUUAUAACACUAUCCAUGGGAUAGGAAAAGCCAGCAGGACGAAUCAGAAAUGGAGAGGUCCGGAUGAGAACAUCCGAGCAAACCUGAGGCAGUACGGGACUGAGAGUCUGUACGUGGAUGUCAUGGUGUCUGAUGCUUCCAAAACCAUCUGGAGAAAAAACGCACUGUUUGAUGCCAUUGUUACAGACCCUCCGUAUGGUAUUCGCGAGUCAACAAGAAGAACAGGGUCCCAUAAAGACAUCAUCAAACCUCCUGAUGACUUCGCUGGAGAAAGCUACGUCCCUGUUUCAAUGGCGUAUCACUUGAGUGACAUCUUUGCUGACCUCUUGAAUUUUGCAGCCCAUCAUUUGGUUUUGGGUGGGCGUCUCGUCUACUGGCUUCCAGUCUACAAACCAGAGUACUGUGAGGAGAUGGUCCCUCUUCAUCCAUGUCUCACUCUCAUCAGCAACUGUGAACAGACUCUAUCCAGCCACACUUCAAGAAGACUGAUCACCAUGGAGAAGACCAAGGAGCCUGAGGAUUCAGACAGACUAGCACAUCUUGCGGACCCCCGCUUCACACCGUACCAGGGUCACAACUCCUUCAGAGAGAAAUACUUCAGUGGUCUCACCAAGAAGAACGGAAGGGAGUCAAAACCACCCCAAAAAACAGAGUAGAUCACACAAAGAUGAAAGUUAUUUGUCUGUAAUUGUAUUUAUUUUGUUUUUCUUUUUAUAAAACUACAUUUUUAUACCAUCUUAUAAUGUGUAAAUAUCUUUUUGUCUAGCUACGAAACGUGAUUUCAAUAAAAAGCUUGUUUUAUCAUCACUUUUUAUCUUGCUCUGCCUGCAGUAAGCCGUAGACGCGAGGUUGAAUUGAUUGCUGCAUUAGUAAUAUGUGUUGAAGAUUAAUUGGCGAUGGGGAUUAACGUAAUAACUGUUUCUCCGAGUGGCUGUGAACAGGUGAGAUGUAGGGCUGUAAUGUAUUGUGCCUACUGGACAUUUGCGAAGGACCUGCUAUCUAAACUCUCUCAACGGUUUGUUCCAGAACGGAUAGACAGCUGACUAAAGAGUCUGUCUCAAGUUAGACUUCAACUCGCCUCAAAGAGAGCCGUCCAGUCGGCUUUAACUCGACAUAAAUAAGAUCCUGUGAAAAUCAAGAGAGUGCUUAAGAGAAUUAAGGAACACGUUUAACAUUAAAUGUGGUGAAUUGGUAGACCAAGUUCUUAAUCAAAUGAUUUUUGAUGUUAAUAUUUCUUAUUUGCACAAAUUAAGUUUUCUCAUUUAUUGGACUUGUUUAAUUUAAAUCAUUUUAAGUAUUCAUUUAUUGGAAGAAAAGGAAGGAAGAAAACACAUUGUAGUCCAUCUUCCCGAGAUAAGCAUCCUCCCCGAUAACUCUUCCAACGUUGGAUUAAUGAGGUGAAAAGUCACAAAACUGUCUGCUCGGCUUUUAGUUGCUUCAGGUCUAAACCCUUUUCUCAUCACACGAAGAGCAUUUCUCACUCUUCUUGUAGUCCUGCAUUGUUUCUUUAUACACAAAAGGGAAACCAAUAGAUUGUAAACUGUUGUAAGAAGGCUAAGAGAUCAAUUAGCACAUCCGUUUUUGUAACACUUGUUAUAACAAACAAGACGAGCUUGUUGCAUAAUUCUUUCGACAAUGUUGUCAAUGCUGUAAA